GGAGCAUAGUGAGCGCGCGCGCUCCGCAGAAGGACGUUUGUUACCAGUUCAUGCAUUCAAUACGAAACCUAGCCUAUCGAGCAGACAUGGUGAGCAACGCUCAGGAUGCGUGUUGAUGAUAAGUCGACUAGUUGGACAAAAAUAAUUCAGACACAUGUCUCUCGCAAGGACACUCGGGUGCUUUCUGGCACUGAGGCUUGGACAUUUUUAAGGUAACUUCUAUUAAACAAUUAAGGAAUCGCUGAUUUAGUCUGACACGUUUCCAGUUUAUUGUCUGUUUUUGAAGACCUAAACAGAGUUUAAAAACACCAUAGUGCGGACUGGCUAUUUUUUGGUUAAAUUGGUCAAAGUUCUGACAUCUUGAUAAAGUAGGCCUAUUCGUUUGAUUGAACGGCACUUCGCGCCAAUGCUGGGAUGGCUCGUGGCGGUUGGCUGUGUGAUCCUGGUGGCCUGGAUUUGGCCGCGUACCAAAUAUCCAGGGUCCAAAAAGAAGCCUUCCUCGGACGCACUUCUCACGGGACUCCUCACUGGGAUCCCGCAGGAGAAAGCCGGAGAGACGCCGGCCAGUGACCGUGGGCACGAGAAGAGCGCGUCCGCAGUGGCGCUCAUAUGCAAGCCGUCGGCGCUGGCCAACUACCUCCUCAAACACUGCCGGACUUUCAACAACUACUCCCCGUGCGUCGGCUGGUCGUGGCGGGCGAGCGCCGUCCUCCAGAGUGUGUACGACACGUGCUGGCCCUACAGCAGCCCCGUUCAGUUCGUGCGGGACCACCUGCAACUCAGCGACGAAGGUCUGGUGUCCCUGGACUGGGCGCUGGCCCUCUGCGGGACGUCCUCCCACAAACGGAGGAGGACGUCGAGCACCUCAAACAGCCCCGUUCUUCUCAUCGUCCCCAACUCCUUCGGGAAGAUCACUAGGAACGUGCUGAAGCUGUGCGAGGCGGCGCUGUCCCACGGCUACCUCCCAGUGGUCUUCAACCGGCGCAGCCACAACGGCACGCCCCUCACCACCCUCAAGCUGCAGCAGUUCGGCGACCCUGCCGACCUGCGCGAGGCCGUGCGCUACAUCCGCUACCGGCAGCCGGCAGGGCGGCUGUACGCGGCCGGGGAGAGCACCGGCGCUGGCCUGCUGCUGUCCUACCUGGGGGAGUGCGGCUCCUCCAGCUACGUCACCGCCGCCGUCUGCCUGUCGCCCGUCUUCCGCUGCCAGAGCUGGUUCGAGAGCGGGCUGCCGAGGGCCGUGCAGUGGGCCCUGGUGCUCUACCAGAAGAUGAGCCUGAGCAGGUACAGGACAGUCCUGGGAGAGACUGUGCAUGCAGACUCUCUAUUUUCCAGCAGUUCACUACGAGGUUUGGAAGAGGGCCUGUUUUGCCAGACACCCCAUAAAAGCACCAGCCUCCCUACCUCCACCACCUCCACCACGGCCACCACCGCCACGUCGGGCUCCACCGGACCCAACACCUCCGGGAGCUGGGAGGCGUACUGGGACCGCAACGAGCCGCUGAGGGACGUGGACGAAGUGGCCAUCCCCGUUCUGAGCGUCUGCGCCCGGGACGACCCGGUCCGCGGCCCCCCCCGGUACACGCUGCCUCUGGAGCUCUUCCAGACCAACCCCCACUUCUUCCUCCUGCUGACGGAGCACGGCGGUCACUGCGGCUUCUCCGCCCAAGCCCCGGUGACCGGCGUGGCUCCUGGGUCUGGGUCCGGGUCCGGGUCCGGGGGCGGGGGCGGGGUCGGGAUGCCGAGGACCAGCUGGAGCCACGGGGCGCUGCUGGAGUUCUUCAGGGCCACCACCGACUUCUUCGCCACCGAGGAGCGGGCGAAGCAGCUGGCGGCGAGGAGGCGCGGGCUGGGCGGAGGGAUGGCCGGCCGCUCUUUCCGCAACCGCAGCAUCAGCACGUGUAAAAGAGUGCCGGAGUGCUCCCACAACAUCCACGCCAUUUACAGCUGGCAGAGGUCCUACACGCGCUGAGCCGUAGAAAGAGGAGAAAACCUUCCAGGUUCACUGCCAACAUGCGGCAGAACAGCUGGAAUACUCAGACAGCCGCGAUGAAGUGGCACCGAAGGGGGAGGCGAGCGCCGCACGCUUUGUGUGAACUCGAAGAAAUAGGGACUAAUUCAAAGUCUGGCACUCUGACAUUGCACUGAGUGAGGAACGGCUGUUUGUUGUAAAAAAAGACCACCGCCAUCUUUGAAACUGUAUCGGUCUUUGUUCUGUAUUGUUUGAUUGUAUUUGAACUUUACAGAGGCACAUAUUUAAGUAUCUAGAAAACACAGUGACACAUUUUUUUAUUUAAUCUGUGCUGAAGAUACAGACUUGAUUCAUAACUUUUUCUUUCAUACUGUAUGAUCUUGUGUUAUCUGUAGUUCAAUGAGUAUGCCUUGGCUUUUUAUUUAUUCUAUGUACAAUGACGAAGCAUUCAGAACCAUAGACGGUGGAAAACACGCGUAGUGACUUUGACACUGUGUUGCUCUUAAAGUGAAGGGCAAUCAAUUCCGGAUGUUAUGAUCCAGUUGAGAAUGCAUUAAGUGUAUAGUGUAUAAAGUGUAUGAAGACCUGCCUACUGUAGCAGAAAGAGAGAGAUCUUCAAGGACUUUACAUAAACUUAAAAGAAAGCAUAGGUUGUGAACUUUCUAAUCUUGUGGGUAACUAGUGGGUUGUGGGGGAGGGGAUAUAACAUGGCGGGGAAGCCAAUGAAUGACCUUAUUGGUUUUCACCCAAACUAAGAUGGUGUUUAUUUGUGACCAUAAAUAGUCAUGUUCUAAUGUGCCUUGUUGCGACCCGCUUCUUGGCCAGGGUUUGUCAAUCAUGCUCAAUGUAUUUUUCAUUGUGGCUCCAUAUCUUUGUGCCAUAAAUUGCCCUUGAAGGAUUUGAAGAGAAUCUGACAUUCGUGUUCUCAUUGAUGAUGUUGUUGUUGGUUAGAGAGGAUGAAAGAAAAUAGAAACUGGGAUAAAUUAUUAAUUAUAUAUACUGUAGUCUCUGUAUUAAAGGUUAGAAACAUGUAAAAAACAUAAUGCACAUGGCAGAAUGUAUGAGUUGAAUAGGCAUGACAAUCCUGUGUCUUGUGUAACAUGUCAAACAGAAAAUGCAGCUAGCAUCGUCAUUGCAUUAACAUUUACAAUUUUCUCUAAUAAACCUGAAUUAAACGUAUA